AUUAACACAAAAUUCAUUUUUUUACAUAAUAAAAUAUAUAAAAUAUGGCCAUCAUUCGAUGAGUAUUUUAGGUGAGAAAUGACAAACUACAGCACAUUUGCAGAUAUUUAAAUACAUUAUACUCUCUAUGUCAACCCUCACUUAAUUUUUAAUUAAACUGACAACUAUGAUUGGUCACUUGAUCAUGUAACUGACAACUAUUAACGCAACUAAUUAUGUUUGAAGCCUAGAUUGAUUUAGUAUAUAUAUACAUGCAUGAUCCUCAUUACACACACCAAACAUACAAGAACACAACAAACACUUAGUUUGAGAUAUUCCAAUGGCUUUCAGUAAGCAAAUUCUUGUGUUUCUUGUUUUGGUUGGCAUAUUCAACUUAUGCAAUGCUCAAGGGUUGAAGCUUGGCUUCUACAAGAAGACUUGUCCAACUGCUGAGGCGAUCGUGAAAAAGGAGACUGCUAGUAUUAUGGCUGUUGCUCCAACUCUUGCUGCUCCUAUUCUCAGAAUGCAUUUCCACGAUUGUUUUGUUAGGGGUUGUGAUGCUUCCAUUCUAUUGAAUUCGACAACAAAUAAUCAAGCUGAGAAAGAUUCAUUUCCCAAUCUAUCCCUUAGAGGAUAUGGAUCCAUCGACAGAGUGAAAUCCGCAGUUGAGAAGAAGUGCCCCGGUGUUGUUUCUUGUGCUGAUAUAUUAGCUCUUGUUGCACGAGAUGCAGUUUCAUUUUUGAAUGGAGCAUCGUGGCCAGUACCAUUGGGAAGAAGAGAUGGAAAUGUAUCAAACAGCACAGAAGCUUUGUUCAAUCUUCCCCCUCCUUUCUUCAACAUCACUCAAUUGAAAGCUAGCUUUGCCUCAAAGGGUUUGAAUGCAAAGGACCUUGUUGUUCUCUCCGGAGGACACACCAUAGGAACAUCGCACUGCUCGAGUUUCACUAACCGCCUGUACAACUUCACCGGUGUUGGAGACAGUGACCCUUCAUUGGACUCAAACUAUGUUGCUCGUUUGAAGACAAGAUGCAGUGCGACCGAUACCACUACACUUGUCGAAAUGGAUCCUGGGAGUUUUAAAACAUUCGACACCGAGUAUUACACUCUUGUUGCUAAAAGAAGAGGACUUUUCACAUCUGACGCGGCUCUUCUUGCCGACAGUGAAACUAGGGCUUACGUCACCAGCCAUGCUACUCCUCAGGGUUCAAAGGAUUUCUUGAAGGACUUUGCAAAGUCAAUGGUCAAAAUGGGCAAGAUUGGUGUUUUGACAGGGAGCCAAGGUGAAAUCAGGAAAACUUGUGGUUUUAUUAAUUAAUUAAUUAAUUAAAUUGAUUAAUUAAUGAGUGGUGUUAUUUGUGAUUUUUGGUAACCAGCUAGUUGUUUUAAUAUGUUGGUUGACAGGUGAUUUUUGUACUUGUAUUUUUUUCUGUUGGUAUUUGGUUUCUUUGUAAUGGUUCAGACAAUAAAAUAAGAAAUAUAAUGAAAGUUUUAUUUUUAAUUUGUACUUGUACGGCUGUUGAAACUUC